AUGCCCACCGGAAUAAAUACGAUUGUCCGACAAGUGAAUACAUUCCAAUACGAGACUGUACCUGACUACCAUCUGAUGAAGAACAUUUUCCGUAAUGCAAUUAUACAAGGCAAUUACAAGUCAGAAAAAUUAGAUUGGCUAAAGAACAAGGAAGGAUUAGUAAAGGCCGGCGCGUGUGAAUCUAAAAUAUUUGGUGACAAAUCAGAAAGGUCAGAAAAGGAAGUUAGCAGAAGUGAACGAUCUGAAACUGACGAAUACGAAUUAAGACCUAAAAUUGGUGAUGAACAACGAUCAGUCUUCUUGAUGCCAAAUGUAAAAAAAGCAUCAAAGAAAGGUAAAUAUGCUUAUACCGGUGGAAUUUUACGUAAUAAUUUUAAAAGAGAAAGCCACUGA